CAGCUAUGGCUGCGGGUGUCCCCUGUGCGCUUGUCACCAGCUGCUCCUCCACCUUCACUGGAGACCGGCUGGUCCAACACAUCCUUGGAACAGAAGAUCUUGUUGUGGAAGCGACUGCCAAUGAUGCCGUGAGAUUUUAUCCUUGGGCCAUUGAUAAUAAGUACUAUUCAGCCGAUAUCAAUCUAUGUGUAGUGCCGAACAAGUUUCUCGUCACUGCAGAGAUUGCAGAAUCUGUCCAAGCAUUUGUGGUUUACUUUGACAGCACACAAAAAUCUGGUCUUGAUAGUGUCUCCUCAUGGCUCCCCCUGGCAGAAGCAUGGUUACCUGAGGUGAUGAUCUUGGUCUGUGAUAGAGUGUCUGAGAAUGGUGUAAACCGACAAAAAGCUCAAGAAUGGUGUAUAAAACAUGGCUUUGAACUGGUAGAACUUAGUCCAGAAGAAUUGCCUGAGGAGGAUGAUGACUUCCCAGAAUCUACAGGAGUAAAGCGAAUUGUUCAAGCCUUGAAUGCUAAUGUCUGGUCCAACGUAGUGAUGAAGAAUGAUAGGAACCAAGGCUUUGGCCUUCUCAGCUCAUUGGCUGGAGCAAACCAUAGCAUUGGGUCAGCAGAUCCCUGUCACUCAGAGCAGCCCCAUUUGCCAGCAGCAGAUAGGACUGAAUCCCUCUUAGAUCAUCAGGGUGGUGCAGCAAACACAGCAGACGCUCAGGUUGAUAGCAUUGUGGAUCCCAUGUUAGAUCUGGAUAUUCAAGAAUUAGCCAGUCUUACUACAGGUGGAGGAGAUUUGGAGAAUUUUGAAAGACUGUUUUCAAAGUUAAAGGAAAUGAAAGACAAGGCUGCGACGCUGCCUCACGAGCAAAGAAAGUUGCAUGCAGAAAAGGUUGCCAAAGCCUUCUGGAUGGCGAUUGGGGGAGACAGAGAUGAAAUUGAAGGCCUUUCAUCUGAUGAGGAACACUAAGUUAUUCUUACUAGGGUUUGACUAACAAUGAUGUUAACACUCUCUGAGAUACUUUCCUAUCAACCCCGUUAUGUUUUGCUCAACUUUCCAUCAUCAUGUUGGCCGCCUGACUGUUCAUAGGAUCCCCCAAAUUUUAGUUUUUAGUAGAGAGUUAAGGAGGAGGUUUUUUCCUUCAGUGUAUUAUAAGGGAGUGAGGAGUAUGGUGACAGUAAGAAUUGAGAAUUUUUCAGAUAUGCUUUUUUUGUUGUAGGAAUGGGAGUGGAAUGAGAGGCUCAGAGGUCUGUGUGAUUUGCCCAAGUUAAAGAAGAAGAAAAGCCCUAAGCCACUCCUAGUCAGCCUUUUACGUAGCAUCCCAAGUUCACACGUGAUUACUGCAGAUCAGGAGCUUGUGCCACCUUUCCCAGGUGUUCUGGAUGUCCUGCUUCUGAGGAGCUUGCUGCCCUGAGCUUUGAUGCUUUUGGUGGGAAGAAAGGAAGCAGCUGCACAUUUGGUUUGUGCUAUAGUGUAGGUGGGGCCGAUGGCAGUGGCCCUCAGGUUAGUCGUUAGCUAAAAAACUUGCUCUGGGCAUUUCAGUUAAAAUACAGUGUCUGAGCUCAUGCUGGAAAGUAUGGAGAAGCCAGUGUGAAUUUUUAGAGUAUUAUAAAUGAGGCAAAGGUUUUCUUCUCUGGGAGAGAUAAAACAGAGCCCUUUUUCAAAGUUGGGGGGGAUGCAUGUGUGCAAAGGACAGAGAGGAAUGCAAGUAAUUCCCUACAGGGGCCCUUGAAAUCAUGCGGUCACAUACUGAGAUUUUGGCAUUACUGUUAUCAUGAAGAAACUUUUCUUCCUUAGAGUUCUCUUGAGAUGUCAGAGAUGUGAUGUCAUACUUUAUGCCCUCAAAACAAGGCAAGUUUCCUCCUUUGCUCUAAAAGACAAACAUAUCACUGUCAAAAUAGUAACACUAAGGAGUGAGGUGAGAAAGGAUGUGAAAUGUCAGGCAGUGAGUCCCUGAGUACCUUGUGUUACUUCCGGGGCUGAGGGGGUCAGCCCCAGGGGAACUGAUCACCAAAGGGAAAGUUUCCAGAGGAAAAGUGGGAAAUACACCAAAUAGACCAUCACUGUGGUGGUCACUGCAGGACACCAGGGCUGGAUGGUGCUGGCACAUAUGUUGAGAUCUGUUUCUUGGUCUAGUGUGCUCAGCAGCAGAAAUAAGUUUCAGACCCCUCUGUGCUCCAUCUCCCAAACACUGCAGAACUCGAGACAGAGGCAGAAGGAAAGGAAGGCUCAUGGUGCCAGGCCAGGGUGACCACAGGAGCAAAGAUUUCAGUGAUUGGAGCAUCCAGGAAGAGCUGUUUCAGGGAACUUUGGAGGUUGGCUUGCUUGGUGACUUUUUUUUUUUUUUUUUUACUAUUCUGAAGGAUUAUUGAGUCUAUAGUUUACCACCAUUCCAUCAGUGUUUAUUCGAGAUGACUGCAGACUGCAUCAGCUAGUCAUGAGGAAUGUAAGGGAAGUUGGCUCCUUGUUGCAAAAUGAAAGGUAGAACAUGUGUUUCUUAAAACAUUAGAAUUACAUGGUUAGAUAAAACAGACUAGAAAAAACUGUGAACUGAUUUUGUAGAUUAAACAAAGCCAGGUGAUUAAAAUGUGAUUUGUUUAUAAAGUC